GCGCUCCCGCUUGUUGUCGCCAGAAGUAUUUUGUGGUAAACAAAACAAUAGUACGGGAUUGUAAUGUAGUACAUUUGCGUGUCGCUGGUCUUCCCCCAGUCUCUCGGCCAAUCACCGCUCUCGCUAUUGUGACGAAGAGCCGUGGUGAACCGGAGGCCGGGCGGGGGAGCCUCCUUCUCGGCUGCACAGCAUCACCGCCCCGCUUGACUGAGGACAGACCGGAGAGAAAUGCAAAGGGAUGUAAGAUGGCAGAGCUACAAAUGCUAUUAGAGGAGGAAAUCCCUGCCGGUAAAAGGGCUCUCGUGGAGAGCUACCAGAACCUAUCGCGGGUCGCCGAAUACUGUGAAAACAACUAUGUUCAGGCUCAAGACAAGAGGAAGGCCCUGGAAGAGACCAAGGCCUACACGACUCAGUCUCUGGCCAGUGUUGCUUACCAGAUCAAUGCCUUAGCCAACAAUGUGCUGCAGCUGCUGGACAUCCAGGCGUCGCAACUGCGACGCAUGGAGUCCUCCAUCAACCACAUCUCCCAGACUGUGGACAUUCAUAAGGAAAAAGUGGCCCGUCGAGAGAUCGGCAUCCUGACCACCAACAAAAACACAUCCCGCACCCAUAAGAUCAUCGCCCCGGGCAACAUGGAGCGGCCAGUGCGCUACAUUCGCAAGCCCAUCGAUUACACACUGCUGGACGACGUGGGCCACGGUGUCAAGUGGCUUAAGGCCAAGCAAAAUGGAAACAAUGCAGCUGGAAGAGGAGGGACACUAUCGAGGACAAAUCCACCAACACAAAAACCUCCAAGCCCCCCAAUGGCUGGUCGCGGGACCCUUGGGCGCAACACUCCCUACAAAACACUGGAGCCAGUGAAGCCGCCUGUGGUGCCUAAUGACUAUAUGACUAGUCCGGCCAGACUGGGCAACCAGCAGAGUCCAGCACGCACAGCCUCACUGAACCAGAGGCCCAGGACUCACAGUGGCAGCAGCGGUGGCAGUGGAGGACGGGAGAACAGCAGUGGCAGUGGAGUAGGCAUUCCAUUAGCAGUUCCAACUCCGUCCCCGCCCAGUAUGGGACCAGUGGCGACUUCCUCAGCGUCGGUCCCACAAGGACCUGGUUUGGGCCCAAUCCCGAUGUCCCAGUUCGGCACAAUCUCCCGUCAAAUCUCCCGUCACAACUCCUCUACAACCUCCUCGGCCUCCAUGGUGUCGGCAACUGGAACGUACCGCCGCGCGCCCUCGGUCUCCUCCCAGCAGCCGCACCUAAACGGCGGACCCGCCUACUCACAGAAUUCAGUGUCUGUGGCUCCCCCGCCUCCUCCUCCAAUGGUCCAGCUGACACCACAGAUUCCUCUCACCGGCUUUGUGGCCAGAAUGCAGGAGAGCAUAACCGACAGUCCCGCUCCACCACCUCCACCUCCACCUGAAGAUAUGAGCGUGUUUGAGGAGCCUUCUCCUCCCCCUCCUCCACCACCUGUUGACUAUGAAGAAGAGGAAGCAGCAGUGGUCCACUACAGCGACCCGUACGCCGACGGAGACCCUCAGUGGGCCCCUAAGGCUUAUCUAGAGAAAGUUGUGGCCAUAUAUGACUACACUAAAGACAAAGAGGACGAGCUGUCCUUCAUGGAGGGAGCCAUCAUCUAUAUCAUCAAGAAGAACGACGACGGCUGGUUCGAAGGCGUGUGCAACGGCGUCACCGGACUCUUCCCCGGAAACUACGUGGAGUCGAUCAUGCACUACGCCGACUGAGGUAACCGCCGAGAUGUACAGAAGUAUGCAGUUCCCACGGCUCCAUUCCAGACCAAGUGCCAUGCUCUGUGACGUUCUACAUGUGGGGCUUGCACAAAAUAUCCUUGCGUUUGAAUAGAAAUGUGUCGCACAAAAAUAGAAGGCGGCGGCGGCAGAAGCCGCGCAAGAGCCAGGUCUGUCUGCGUCACGCUGAAAGGGAGUCAAGCCGUUUACAAACUUAACAGACCGGCUGCUUGCAAGAGCUUCUGCCGCCUCCUGAAAACAAACAUCUUCUAAAAGAAACAGUAAGUGCAUUAGGACACGACUGAAUGUCCGAUGUCGUCACUGUCCAAAUCACAAGAUGUUCAAAGAGGGGAGAACCUCAGUGUGUGUAUUUACUAUGCUACAUGUCAGUGGGGUGGGAGUGAGGGGGUGUAAAAAAGUGAUUGUAAAUCUUCUAACUGUACAUAAAGUGUAACGUGAGAAUAUGCCAGUAAAGUACUUUUUGUGUGUUUCUACCUGUGAGUUUCCAUCAGUGCAGGUGCGGCCAAAAUCAGAUUAUCAGUCGCUUGUUUGUUUUUUUUACUUGAAUUUUAUUCCCAAACAUUUACAGUGCCAUUUUGCCGUCAUCUGGGCCACAGUUGCUGAAGCGCGACCACGCUGUCGCUAAGAAGGGACGAGAGCUCGCUUGUGUGGAUGGCAACAUCCCGGCCUCAGUCACUCACAAGUCCCAUAAUGCACUGAAAUAGCUGAAGCUAGAGAGAGCACAGAAGGUGAAAUCCCACCCUCCACAUUUUGGUUUUGUGAUGGUGUCCAGCCACUGUAGCAACGUUUUGCUUCGAAGCAACGGAAGGACUAACUUAUAUGUGUGUGUGUGUGUGUGUGUGUGUGUGUGUGUGUUCAUGUGGUUCUCCACUGUGUUAUAAUCGCUGCACUGAAUAGCUGUCAUCGACUGUUUGUUCGACUCUUUCUGUGGUUGGUGCUUCUUACUGGUGCUCGACGACCAUAAUCGCCAACCUCGACCACCUCAAAACUGCUGGGUCCCUGAGAGUGUUCUAGAUCUGAUUGUACUGUCGGGUGAAUGUCAAAAAUGAAGUCAUCCACCACCAGUUUAGUUCCACUUCUUCCAACCAUGGUGACGCCUGCUCUUCCUGAGUCUCUUCAAUAGUGUCUUUGGCUCUUUUUUUUUUUAACUGGAAGAUGUUUCUCCUCUCGGACAACCCGGAUGUCAGUCAGUAUUUUGUGUACGCACGAAACAUUUGGAAUGAUUUGCAGCUACGUCCCAUCGUUGAUUGUACUUCUCGGUCACGCGGCGACUUUUUGUGGUGACUUUUUCUACCGUAUUUCUAGCUCUUCAUUUCUUACAUCUCGUGUCUGAAACCGUUUGUAAAGGAUUUAUUUAUACGCUUGUGUCAUAGAGACGACCACUUUGUAACAUUUCAGGGCAUCCACAGUCAAGACGUCUUUCUCUGAUUGUGUUUUUCUUAUGGUGGAGCAAAAAAAAAAAAAAAGAAAAAUCAAUGGGGGAAAAAAAGUGAUCUGUAACUUAAGUGUGAAAAGCUGUUUGUCUUCUCCUCUCAGUCUGUACAUAUGACGUGUUCAAUUAAAUUUAUGUACAGUCGUUUUGUAAU